CCCUCUCUAGCGCAUGCGUACCGAGCCUGCGGCGGCCGGUGGGACUUUUAAAGGGACCGCGUCCCAUUAACAGUGGGGCAUCUCACCCCUUCCUCUUCCUGCAGACCGGCCCUGGUGGUGGCGGCUGAUGGACGCGGCCGCGGACUGGGGCUGCCGGCCGGGUGGGCGGCUCGAUAUGAAUCACGGCUUCGUGCGGCAUAUCCGCCGCAACCAGAUCGCCAGGGACGCCUACGAGCGGGCGGUGCGGCAGGAGCGGGGGCGGGCGCGGGGCCGGCUCACCCCGACCCCCCCCCGGCCCCGCCGACCCGACCAGCAGGUGUACCGGCCCCGCCGGCCCGGGGGUCCCGGGGGAGACACCAGCCCGGGGUCCCCACCCCCCGACACCCGUGGGCCCCGGCUCUUCUGUCUGGAGUACGAGGGGGACGACGGUAACGUCACUGCUGUCAUCGUGUACCAGGGGGACAGCGCGGAGGACGUGACACAGCGGGUGUGCGCCCAGAGCCCGAUGGAGCCUGCCCUGCGCCGGGCCCUCUGUCAGCGGGUGCAGGACGAGCUCAGCAAGCGCCGGGGGACGGGGUGAUGCUCCCCCACCCCUCCCUUGGGGACACCGCCCCCCUCCCCCCCAGGUGACAAUAAAGGUGCUGCAAGGC